UUUACAGAACAGCGACAUGGAGCCAGGUCAUGCGAACGAGUUAUCCGCGGAGAUCGAAUUCCUGAAACAAUCCAUAUCUCGGAGUGAACAAAGAAUUCGCCAAAUUGUUAACAGGGCUGGGGUAAUUCUUGAUCAAGACGAAUUUGAUGAUAAUCCCACUAAUGUUACCAGGCUGUUGAAUUUGCUUGACGAAAUUUUGUCCUUGAACUUUACCGAUUUUGUGACCCUGUCCACAUCAGAGCCUUUAUCUCAAACUAACCUUGUGCUAAGCACUGCGACUGACAUCGAGGACGUUGACGUCAAUCUUUGCGACCCUAGCCCUAUCGGCGACGGUGACGUUGACAUAAUUUAUGACGAAAUCGAGGUGAAAGAUGAGUUUAUAUCGGAACCUUUAUCCCAAACUAAUCUUGUGCUGAGCCCUGCGACCUACAUCGAGGACGGUGGCGCCGUAUCGGACCCAUUAUCCGAAACUAACCUUUGCGACCCUGCUCCGAGCCCUCACGACAACGGUGACGUUGACCUAAUUGAUGACGAAGUCGAGGUGAAAGACAAAUUUUCAAGUCAAGAAUACCAACUCGUCGCGGCCACAACCGAAAAGGAUGUCGCGAUUACUGAACAACCCGAUGAAUUGGAGCCUGCUGAUAACCAGGAUCAUAAUUUGGAUUUCGAGUUCGUUGCUCCCCACGUGGCGGUGGCCCCCCGUCAAAGGAGGACGACGCUUCGCCGAAAACCCACAAACCGAAAGGAUGUACUUCUUCCCAGCAUAAGAAGUAAAUUGCGCCCAGGUCGCAGCAACAUAAAAACCACAUAUCUUACUGGCAGUAAAAAUACGAAUGCUGUGUCCCGAUCACGUAACGUCACGAAGACGGCGGCCGGUAAACGUGACGUUAUGGACAGCCCGAGUAAAAUCGAUUUCGUCACCAAGAAACUCCACGUGGAACCCUCGCCUAGUGACGCCUCUAACCUUGACGAUGACCACGAUGAUGAGGAACCCUAUCUCAACGACGCCUUCGACUGUGACGAUGACGACUACAUCCCAACUUCAAUCUCUUCCUCAGACGAAGAACAUACCCUUGAUGCUGAAUUUGCCCCCUCUCGCAGGCAAAAACCUGUCUCUAAAAAACGGAAAAGACCCAUCAAUAAAAACCCCACUGAAAUCCCCUCCACCACUGGCUCGACAAAGCUGGUCCUUAAAAAACGGAAACAAUCCGUCAAGGAUAAAAACCCCAGUCAAGUCUCCUCAACGACUCACCCGACCGGAUUUGUCCCAAUCAUCGACCCGGCCACCGGUACACAAAAAUUUCAUUGUCUCGACUGUUCCAAGAUAAUUGGCUCCGGAGGUUUGCUUUAUCAUCGAAGAAUCCACACGGGCGAGAAGCCUUAUCCAUGCCCGACCUGUGGGAUCGCGUUCCGUGCACCAAACACACUCUCAUCACACUGUCGACGUCACCAUCCGACAGAGAAAACUGAAUAUUUCUGCGACCAAUGUCCCAAAUCGUUCCGGAUAAAGGAGGAUGUGCUCAUUCAUCAAAAGUUUUGGCAUCCGAAAGCAGGGGCAGUGAUGCUUUUGUGCUCCAAGUGUCCAAAACAGUUUCAUGUGAAGGGCCUCUUGGACAGGCACAUGAGAAUGGUUCACAUUCAGGUGAGGAGGUUCAAGUGUGGACUAUGUGAAAAGGCGUUCAAGCUCAAGUGUCAUUUACAGCAUCAUCAGGAAGUUCAUCAGAGGGGAAACAAAAACACGAAGAACAAGAAGACGAAGAGGAAGAACAAGACGAUUGAAUCGGAGUGAAAUCACUUAAUGUCAAAGUUAUAUGUUCAGUACUUUUAUUUAGUUACUGAAGUAGAAUGUAUUUAAUUUCAGAUUGCAAUUUUGUAUAACGUAAAUUAAAUUUAGCUUGAACUACAGCCCUUCACGCGGAUGUUUGUAUUUAUAUAAGGCAAUAAAAUGUGUGAAUUGCAUGUUUAUUUAAGCCGAAUCUCGUAAUUUAGAUUAAUCUGUGUAAAACAAUCUACGUAUUUGAGUUAAUCAGGUGGACAUAACAACUAUCAAAAUGAAUUUUAAUCAAAAAAUCACAUUUUAAAUUCGAUCAAUUGGAAAUUCUUACCAGAGCAACAUUUUACCGAAUUCUUACGACGGAUUGUAACUUGCCAACUAAAAUUCUUUUGAUGGAUUAAUAUUCACAAAUUUAUUCCGAAAUUUAUCCUGAAAGCUUAUUUAUUAAAUACGCACAUGAUCGGCGUAUGUAAAUCCACCUCAAAGAAACUAUAAAUAUGUCCCUACUUCUAACAUUGGACGAUGACCAAAGGUUGAAAUAUGACGCAGUCAUACUUAUUUAAGUACGUAAAUAAAUUACUUACGUAUUUACGUAUGCUCAGUAAUACAUAAACAAUAGGAUAAAAUUACAUAUUAAAUUACACGAAUGUGCAUGAAUGUUGCAUAUAAAAUAUUGCCCAACGAGACCUUUUGAUGCUCUAAAUAUGAACGUAGUAGAAAUUAAAUUGGAAAAGGGUAGAGCAAAAUUGGUUGUAAGUUGCGUAUUAAUUUUAAUUGUUUAGUACUCACUAUAAUGUUGAGAGGUGCUAAUUUUAGUAA